AUGAGUUCUACAGUUCUUUUCAUUGCUUGUGGUGUGGAAUCAAAUUAGAAUCAAUUGGUGGUGUUGUACUAGUUAUUUUGAAAUCUCUACUACUCCUUGAGAUGGUAAGGAGGGCGUCCACACCCUCACCAUGGCUCCGCCCUCCUCCCCCGCUAAUCACCACGCCGCGCACGCGCCGCGCGAGGCCCGUCUUCGUUCCCCCACCGCUAAUCUCGCCGCGGCAUCCAUGGCGCCGCCCUCGCCCUCCCCCCACAUGUCCACGCCGGCGCCCCCUCCCUCGCGCCCCACCUCAAUCUCCUCCAUUGCGCGCCCGAGAACGCGCAAAUCCCCCAUUCCCGCGCCUCUCCCUCGCGCCUCGAUGGAAUCGCCACGGCAUCCAUGGUAGGGUCCUCAGGAUCCACCUCCACCGCGUCGCCACAGUCCGCAGGGGCCGAGGGUGCCCCGACGGUGGGGACCUAGACUGUGGUCAGGUGCACGCGUAUUCAAGCAGGCGCUCUUGCUUUUCGUCCACAACAAGUUCUCCAUGUGCCCUGGGCACGCGACACAUGUUCGGGGUGGUGGGCAUUACCGUCACCUCCCUCACGUCCCGUGCCGCCGCGGCCGAGGUCUGCUUCCUCGCCUUCCGCAACGAGCAGUCCGCGGGGUACGCCGCCGCCUACGACUUCCUGACGGGCUCCCCGGGCGCCCUCCUCAUCGUCUCCGGCCCAAGAUACAUCCACGGGCUCGCCGGCCUCUCCCACGCCACCGCCAACGCCUGGUCGCUCCUCAUGAGCUCCGGAUCCUGCGACCAGGCUGACGCCGGCAGGGGCGACUUCCAGGAGCUCGACCAGAUCGCUGCCACCAAGCCCUUCGCCAAGCUCGCCGUCAAGGCAACAACCAUCCUCAACGUAUCUAGGUCUUCCCUGCCAACAAGAACAAAUGGCACGCCCGCCGUGCCGAUUUGAGGUGGUUUUGGAGGUGAGGAGGGGUACGAUUUCGGUGACCCUAGGCCUUGCGGGUCCGGUGGAUGGAAGCGGUGGAGCUGCCAUUACCAGCUAAGGUGGAGUUCAGGAAGCCAAGGUAACGACAGCAAAAAUAUCUCUUCUGGCGUGUAACCGUGUAUUGUGAAGUUGCCAUAGGUUCAGCGAGAAACACUGAAGAACUUACUGUUCUGGCUAUGGUUGCUGAAAAGUUUGGUCAUCAGCAGUUGGAUUUGUUACCAGUUGGUGUAUCUCUUGUGCUUCGCCAUAUGAGUCUACUCUCUAUUCUAUGUUUUGAUAUGGUGCAGUUGAAUUUUUCUUGAGAUAUGGUGCAGUUGGUGUAUCUCUUGUGCUUCGCAAUUGCAUGAUAAAUAGCAUGUUCAACGGAUAUCAUUUUAAUUUCCAAGAAAUACUUUGUAAGUUCCUCAACAUAUAUACUGCACAGAGAACUAAGCCCCAGCAACUGAAUAAUCAUCUAUUACAUGUUAAAAAAUAUGAUUCUCGUGAUCUCUCCGUUUAUAUAUUAUAGAAUUAAGAUGUAUACAAUUAUACUGACCGUUCUAUCUAUUCUAUUGAAAAAUACAAUUAUAUUUACGAAGAUUCAUCUGUGAUACUUAUGUAUAGUUGUCUUGCAUAACAUUGCAUCUGUCAAUUUUGGAACAAAUCCCAGAGGAAGAGAAUAAUCUUGGCCCACAUGAUCGAUUGGUUCAUGUUUACCAUUUCAUGAAAGACCCUAACCAGAAUCAUCAAAUUCAGAAUUUGAGAGAUCCCUUUGUAUGGUUAUUUGGGAAGGUGAGACCGCUGCUGAGGUAAUGGAGCGCAUCCAGAGAAAACUUAGAGUUCAUGAUGAUGAAUUGUCCAAGGUAAUAUAUUAUAUUAUUACUAUUUAUCAUAGAAUGAAUUUACCCAGAUCUCCCUUCCCCCUCCCUUAAAUAUGAAUAUAGCGUGGAUUGAAUCUAAUCUGUUUAUUGCUCCAACUUAAUAUGGUGUUAUUUUAUUUUGGUUGUCAAGGUCGAUUUGCUAUCCAACAAUUUUGCAUUAUUUCUGGCUACCUAUUGGUCUUGCUGCCACACCGGAGUUGCCAUCUUAGCUUUUGUCGUCCUGUCCCCUUCCUAUCAGGGCAAUAUGACUUGCUCCCCUUCCUGUCAAGCUACAUGCUUCGACCAGCUGAGGCACUGAAAUGAAACUAAAUUAUUGUUGCAAACCUCUCUGCCAUCUUGUGCGUGCACUAUGCAAAAUCACAAGGCGGGCUUAGUUUCUCUAACACUGAUAAUGCUUAUUUGAUCAGUUGAAGCUUGCAUUCAUUUCCAUGAACAAACAAGAGUACCUCCAAGACACUAACGUUGUAUCAACAUGUUUUUAGGCAAGUGAUUUCUUUAUAAUGCUUACAUGCAUACCUUCUCUUGUUCACUAUGUUCAUACACGAUGCUUUGCUUUUUACUAUACGAGAGAUGUAUAUGGUGCUUGGGAACAAUACCUUGGCUUGGAGCACACUGAUACAACAUUGAAACAAUACCUUGGCUUGGGAUCAAUACCGGCAAGGACCCAACAAGCCCAAGAGGGCACCCAACGCUUACUUCGUGUUCAUGUGAGAUGCGAGUUUGUCCCCACCUCUUUUUAAAUUUUUUAUGGAUGCUUGUUGGUUCGAUCUAUUUUUGGAUGCAUUACUAUCUAUAUUAUUCUAUUACGAAGCAAAAGUGGCGCCUUCGUGUUACCAUGCCCCUACCGGGUGUGGGUACGAGUGAAGAUUUUGACCCGUGGGUGCAACCCGCACCCGACCCAAAGUUUUGCGGGUGUGGGUUUCUAUUUCAACCCGUGGGUGACCCGCACCUGACCCAAAAUAUGGUUCAUUCUUUAUUUUGCGGAAAAAUAAGUAAGAUACAAUAGUAAUUAUUUUGAAUAAGUAACUUGGCUAAUGAUUCAUGAAAUGUUUUGUUGUUGCUCAAUGUGAAAAGGUUUAAAAUACGUACAUAUAAAUUGACUAUUAUUGCUAUUUAAUUGAUUAUUGCUCAAUUAUUGUUUAAAAGUGUACACUUAGUAAAACCCGCGGGUGACCCGAAACCCGACGGGUUCGGGCGCGCGUUUGGAAUGGCACUCGUGGGUGCCAUCAUGGGUGGGUUUCGGUAGUCUUCACGGGUGUGCAUGCCCCCUGCCCGCGGAUGCCCACCACUGCAGUACCCUGCUGCUGUGUAUAGCACACAAAUGCAUUCUACAAGAUCACAGAUAGUCAAUAACAUAAAAAAACCAGUGUGCGAUGUACUAACUAUGGUCAACUCUUUCUGCAUUUAGUUUUGUACAUUAACAACAUUAAUGUGGUUUAUGUCAAGUACAUUUCUUAAUUAACUACCUUCAUCUAACACAAUAUUCAGGGAAUAGGUAUAUAUGAAUGUUCGACAGUUCCUAGAAUGCUAGCAUUGUAGUUGUUGAUGCUUUGGAAACAAAAGGCAGCAUCAAACUACUAAAUACUAAUAAUGAGAGUUGUUUACCAGUAAAAUUGGAAAUUUAUAAUCUGAGGCAUAGUAAUAAGUUUGUUACACAUAAUUACCAUCUCUUUUGUUUUCUGUAGAAAAGCUCAAAAGCAUUAUAAAAGCUAAGUAAUGUACUCCGAUGUUGAUCCUGUUUUGUCGCCUAUUUCAAGAGACUGACAUUCCAUAGAAGAGGGCAAUGGAGGACGACACAUUUAUUUUUUGUUCUUUGCACUAUCUAGCAGACUAUCAUCAAUGCUCUAAAAUGCAGAGGUUAGCUGGACAAUCAUUUUGGGAGGAUGAGAAAGGAAUAUCAUAUGAAUCAAAUGGUCUAUAAUGUUCUAACUGAUGGCCUAGCAAGGAUUCUAAUGCUUAGCUUCUGUUUCCAUAUCAAGUUUAUGUCAUAAUUACUUUUUUAAUGUGUUGGAUUUAUUUUCGAACUUAGGGCGUGUUCAUUUAUGUGUCGCAUUCAUGGUUCAAAAUUGAUUUGGGUUUGGUGUUCAUUUAUCUUGCAUGUGUUGCAAUGAAGGAGGAAUGGGUGGAGGGACGAGCAAGAUGUCAAUGUUCUAUUGAAACAAACUGCCUUAAUUAUUAGGCUAUCACUACUGAAACAAACUACCUCUGUCGUCAACCUACUAACUUCCAUAUUCUUCACACUCAGCUUUGCAAAAUUUACUUGACUGGCUUUUUUUGGCUUAAAAUAUAACUCAGGGAGACGUGAUUUUGGGACGAUCAAACUGUUGGGAUUGCGCUUGGACAUUCCGGGCAGCGUGCACCCAAGAUUGACCAAGCUGAUUCGACGGUGCUAGGACAAAGAUCCUGAUGCGUGUCUGACUUUUGCAGAGAUUACUAUAGAACUCCAAGAUAGUCUACACCAUAUCGAGGCACCCAAGGGAGCCAGCCGUCGUUCUUGAGCAAAGAUGUAGAAGAAAUAAGAGGAAGAAAAAGAAUACAUACGUAGGGCAAGGUUUCCUACUUUUUUGUGUGUUACACAAGUUGCAGUAUGAGUGUUUGUGGUGUAUGUCAUAGUUAUAAAUAUUUCAAGGCCAAGUAAGUAUAAAAACCGACCUUAGCUCAGUUGGUAGAGCGGAGGACUGUAGUGGAUUCCCCAUGUCAUUUGUUCUUGUUGGCAGGGAAUACCUAGCUACGACAAAGAUGGGGAUGGCUAGGAAAGAAAACCAAUUGUGGGACAAUGAUAAUUGAUAUCAAUGUCAGCCCCUUAUAUGCUACACCUGCAACCUGUAAUCAUACCGUCAACUGCACCUGACAUCCGUGCAUCAGAAGUUUUUAAUUCUGAUGAUUUAGAUUAUGUCUAUAAAUCUGUUGAGGAUGGCAUGGAACAUAUUUUUACUUCAACAACACAACUCCAAUUUGGUCA